CCGGAGUCCCCGAAACUUCUGAGCAGGCGCCCGUCCGCGCCCCCGCCGCCGCUUCGCCUGCCGGCCUGAGAGCGGGACCAUGGAUGAAAGGUUCAACAAGUGGCUGCUGACGCCCGUGCUCGCUCUCCUCUUCGUGGUCAUCAUGUACCAGUACGUGUCCCCUUCCUGCUCCAGCGCCUGCGGCAACUUCGGGGAGCAGCCCCGCGCCCGGGACGCCCGCCCGCCCGCCGCCCCGAGUCCCGCUCGCAGGGCGCAGGCGCCCCCGGAAGAGUGGGAGCGGCGACCCCAGCUGCCCCCGCCGCCCCGGGGGCCGCCCGAGGGGUCUCAGGGAGCCGCGGCCCCGGAGGACGAGGACGAGGAGCCAGGGGACCCAGAGGAGGAGGAAGAGGAGCAGGAGGAAGAGGAGCCGGACCCCGAGGCCCCCGAGAACGGCUCCCUUCCCCGGUUCGUGCCGCGCUUCAACUUCACCCUGAAGGACCUGACCCGGUUCGUGGAUUUCAACAUCAAAGGGCGCGACGUGAUCGUGUUCCUGCACAUCCAGAAGACCGGGGGCACCACGUUCGGCCGGCACCUGGUGAAGAACAUCCGGCUGGAGCAGCCAUGCAGCUGCAAAGCCGGCCAGAAGAAGUGCACCUGUCACCGGCCCGGCAAGAAGGACACCUGGCUCUUCUCCCGCUUCUCCACCGGCUGGAGCUGCGGGCUGCACGCCGACUGGACAGAGCUCACCAACUGCGUGCCGGCCAUCAUGGAGAAGAAGGACUGUCCCCGCAACCACAGCCACAGCAGGAAUUUCUAUUACAUCACAAUGUUGCGGGAUCCAGUGUCCCGGUACCUGAGCGAGUGGAAACACGUCCAGCGAGGGGCCACAUGGAAAACCUCUCUCCAUAUGUGUGAUGGAAGAAGCCCCACCCCCGAUGAGCUGCCCACCUGCUACCCUGGGGAUGACUGGUCUGGGGUCAGCUUGCGGGAAUUUAUGGACUGCAGCUACAACCUGGCAAACAACCGCCAGGUGCGCAUGCUGGCUGACCUCAGCCUCGUGGGCUGCUACAACUUGACUUUCAUGAAUGAGAGUGAGAGAAACGCCAUCCUGUUGCAGAGCGCAAAGAACAACCUAAAGAACAUGGCCUUCUUUGGGCUCACCGAAUUCCAGAGGAAGACGCAGUAUCUCUUUGAAAGGACAUUCAACCUCAAGUUCAUUUCUCCUUUCACGCAAUUCAACAUCACGCGGGCUUCCAAUGUGGAGAUUAAUGAGGGCGCCCGCCAGCACAUCGAGGAGCUGAACUUCCUGGAUGUGCAGCUUUACGAGUAUGCAAAAGAUCUCUUUCAGCAGCGCUACCACCACACCAAGCAGUUGGAGCACCAGAGGGACCGCCAAAAGCGGCGAGAGGAGCGGAGGCUGCAGCGGGAGCACAGGGCCCACCGGUGGCCCAAAGAGGGUGGAGCCUCAGAGGGGACUGUCACCGAGGACUACAACAGCCAGGUGGUGAGAUGGUGACCCGCUGGCCGCUCCUCUUUCUGGAGGGGGAGAUGAGAAGGUGCGCUGACCUUCUGCUGCAUUAUCUUGGAGAAGUUGGGCCAUUCUGAGGACCUCUGGCUGGAUGUGGCUUGAAGUGGACAUCUACUUCCUCUCUGUCUUCAUUUUUAUCCCGUUGGAGAUUAUCCACCUUGUUCUUUUUCUUUUUUCCUUGACAUUUUCCCAUCAGUGAUAUUAAGUAGGGUAGGAAUGCACUUUAGAAGGUCAAGAACAAAAGCAGCAAAGACCAGUCUCCCUCGUCGUGAGAGUGUGGGUGGCUGGACCCUGAGGAGGCACACAUGAAAGGCCAAACGACUGGCUGGGAUGUUCUGCUGAGACGGUUCUGUUUCCUACAGUCGUGGAAAUAUCCAUCUGUUCAGAGAGAGAAAGAAGGACCCUUCUGCCCUUAGAUGAGGUUUAGUGCCAACCCUUCCCUGGCUAUUGGUCCUCAUCUGAACUUCGAGCUUUGUUUGAGUGCGGUUUAAAUCAUGAGUAAUGUGUUUUGUUGUUACAGUUGAUUUUAAACACAAUCACUCUACUACUGACCGUCUCUAGAAAUCCACAUGCUACAAAACCAUGGCAUCGGAGCUCUCAGCCUUGCUUCGUUCCAUCGUUCGAGCACAGGGGCUGGACACAGGAGAGGAGGGUUUUGGCCUCUACGAAGUGAACAUGGGUGGGGCAUUCAGGAGAGCUUAUUUACUUCUGUAUGAGCAGAUCACACUUUACCAUUUUAAUUGUCAGUGUGAGGAAAGAAUGAUGAAUUAAGAGAGGGGGAAAUCAGGAGAAAAACUGUGUGUUUAACAUUUCCAAAACAGCUACAGAAUCUUCCUUUGUAAAAUAUUUCAGCAUAACUUGUUUGGAGCAGUCAUAUUUUCUCACGUAGUGCUCCCAGGUUUGAAAUUCUGCAAUCACAAAAGAAAUGAUGUUUAAAAAGAACUUGGCCUAAAAAAUAGGAGCUUAACUAGCAUGUUAAAAUAUAGUCAAGGUUACUAAGUGAAUAAUAACUCUGUUUGGGGCCAGGACACAUAGAACCAUUCACGGGACAGUUGUCCUGGAGGUUCAGAUAGAGCAGCAUCUCAACAUCUGGAAGGUCUGUAGCCUGAUAUCUUCUUUCUUCCCAUAUGAUCUUUCCCUGUUCUUAUACUGUGGCUACAGGUAGCAAAUCCAGAACAGAGUAUAUUAAACUGGACCCCAAAUAUGUGGUACAUUGCCAAAUGCUCCUUAUUUCUGCCUUUCCCCAGUCACAACUACAAUAAUAAAAGGCCAAGAAUAAUAAGGGGUGAGGUAUGGAGGAGGGAAUUGAAAGCUUUCACCUCACAUCAUGCAGGAGGAUCAGAGUGGGUAGAAGGUUUCACAACACAUUGAUAUGAUCAAUUCCUUCAAGGAACGGAAGGCAAAAUGAGUGAAAACCCUAAAUCAGAUUGAAAAGCCUAUUUCAUUGAUGUCCAACAUGUUUGAUGUUUAAGCCAGCUCUACAUAAGCCACUUCUCAGCCUCCAGAAUACUCUCUCUGGGGUUGAGAGUUAAUCAGCCCACAAGCAUUCAAGGAGUGAGCUACCUGCACAGAGGGGAGCCCAGCAUGCCCAUCAAAUGCAGAUUUGAGAUGUGGCUGUGGAACCUCUCUGGCUGCCCUUGGCUAUAACUGUGGUAAAGGGGAAGGCAUUCUUGGGGGUCCCCUUGUGUCACUAAUGGAAUGAGGCCCUUUUCAUACCUGAAAUGCAUUCUUCAAGCAAGGCAGGUCUUAUUAGUCUCAAUUUCAUGCAUGGGAAAAGUGAAGCCCGCAGAUGAUAAGUAGCUUGCUCCUGGAUUGUAAAGCAGGCCUGGGUGACUGCAGUGUGCUUCUACACCACUAUGUUGUCCAUAUGGGAUAUGGGCUUAUGCUUCCUAGUGGUCCUUGCCAGUCAUGCAAGAAAUCAGCUGUUACUGCACCUUAGUAUCUGUCUCUGACCCAUGUAGGGGGCACAAGCUAGCAGCAAGAUAUACCAAGCUAGCAGUGACCCCAAGCUAUGCUGUCUUUGGGUAAGUCCCCUCCACAUCACUGACUCAUCUGUGAGCUGCAUUUGAUAACUCCUUAGGCAGCUGUACUUUUGCAUCAGUAUAUAAGAGUGAGUUCAAAGGGCCAAGUGCAUAUCACUUGUUAGUUGGUAGAGAUCAGGACUCACAAAAUAUCUGAGUCUCCCACUCCAGUGAUUUCUUCUUAAGGUAGGAAGUGAAGGAACACUGCAGCAGGGAUUAAUGAGCAGUGCUCUCUCUAUCUUCACAUUUUCUUGUUAUGAUCUAAUGUUCUGAUUAGAAUAGAAAGGCUGAAAAUUGUCCUUCUGCCUGCCACUGUGUUGCACACAGACAUGUGUGCACACACACACAUGCACACACACACAUGCACACACACACUAACAACUCAGUGUUUUGUCAUGUAGAAAAUCAAAACAAGCUAGAAAGCAUUGGAAUUGUUACUUCUAAACUCACUUUAAUGUUUUGGCAGGAAAUUCAUGCAUAGCUGGGACUUGGAAGCAGCCCCUGCUAACUCCCCACUGUUCCGUAGACACCUCGGGAUUUAUAUCCAAAGGCUUUCCACUGCCACCUUGCAGCAAAAGGCUUGAUGUAUGAUGCUCCACUUGAGACCAGAUAUCAGGAUGUGUGGAGGAGACACCACCUCCUUGUGUUGGCUGGAGGCCAGUGCUGAGCAAAUUAAAGAGCCCAACAUGGGCUUUUCCCUCACAUCAUUUCAUUCUAAAGCAGCACACUUGUCAUAUCACUGGGGUCCUAUGUCGAUAGAAAUGGAGGAGUAGGAAUGCAGUAUGGUCUCCAAAACUUACUGCACACCUGCAUACUGAGUGAAGCUUAGGGAAAGGAUGCUAGCAGAAGACAUCUGGGCCUAAGGGCCCAGGGGAAGGCUGCAGCUCCAAAGUACCAAACCAAAUCAGCUCUAGGAAUAUUAGAGUCCAGAGCUCAAAAGGAGAUAAAGAUCAAUCAAUCAAUCAAUCCCCCAAGGGGUUCCACAUUCUAUCCACUUUUGACAAUUCCCAGGUGCACAUGACAAUGACAGUACCAAGAACCAAAUUGGGAUGGAGUAUCCUUGUGUGUGUGUGUGUGUGCAUGUGAGUGUGUGUGUACAUGCAUAUGUGUGUGCACCUCUGUGUUUAAAUUUUAUUAAGGACUAAGAUACACACUGUUUUGUCUCCUGCUAGUUUUUGGCAACCUGCUGUUGGUAACUGGAGAAAGUAUUGAUAAUCUUAACAGUCAAUGUUAGAUAGAAGUUAAAGAAAUAAUGUAUGUUAAUAAAAAUAUGGAGAUGUGUUUCUUCUCCUCGAGGUAGUAAUUCCGUCGUGAAUAGUUUGGUCAAAAGUUUGAUAUAUGAAAACUCAUUUUAUUAAACUCUAAAGUAACAUUUUGAAAAAUUUGAGUGGGUAUACUAAUACUGGGAAGAAAGUCUCCCAGAUAGGCCUAGCAAGGAGAUGAGAACAGAUAAUUAAAAAUGAAUAUUAAAUGUAUUGGGUAGGAUUUCUAUUUGACUAUUUUAACAGAGAUACUCAAAAUGGUGGUAACCACUUCUCUCUCUCUUGGACAAACUGGUUUGAUAGAUCUGGUGUGUGAAAUUACCAGAAGCCCAGAGUCACUGUUAUUUUUCUUGCAUUCAACUGUACAGUUUCCAUCUCAAGGCCCAAGAUGGAUACUGCAACUCCUGCCGCUGGCAUUUAAGAGAGGAGAGAAGAAGUAGAGAGAGGGAAGUUGCACAUAUUUCUUGCAGUCAUACUUCAUGUCUUCAUGUCGUGGACCCUGACAUUAGACGCAUCUCGCUGUAGAGAAGGCGAGAAAAUGUCUUUCUUGCUGGUUGCCAGGUGCCUUGAUAAGUGUAGGGUUCUAUUAUUAAAACACAAUGGGAAAUUAAAACAUAAAAAGCUAUUAGUCUCUGACACAAGAGGGUAGUAGAAAAUAUUUCAAGUGCUUUUCAGUGCCAUUUAUUUCAUCAUAUGUUUUACAAAGGAUGCAAUUAAUAUUCAUCACUUUGCAUAGCAUUUAAUGCUUCUCAAAACAUUUUUACAUCUAGUAUCUCACUGCCCUUCAUUAUAUUCUUGUGUGUUAAAUGAGACUCCUAUUCAUUGUCCGAUUUGCUAGUGUGGAUAGAGAUUCAGAGAUGUUAAAGAUUUCCCAGAUAUUCUAAUUCAUUGGCAAGAAAGUUGCUCAGAGCCCCUAAGUUUGGUUUCAUACCCUUUCCGACUGCUCUGUGCUGCUCCACAUCACUAUUGGGAUUGGGAAAUAUAAAAGUCGGAAAUCUAAGUCUUUAUUGAUUUAUAUCUUCCCUCACCUUUUUGUAGAACUGUGGUGACCUAGAAAAUCCCAAUGAGCUGGUCGAGGUAACUCUCAAUUCUGCCUCCAGCCAGGGGAUCUCUUAUGAGGAGUGAAAUACCCAAGAAAUGGGCAGUGCUUCGAGGGAGAUGGAGGAGCACUAGAACUCAGGGGAGGCAUUCAAACACCUUUAGCUGGAUGUCUACCCAAUUCUACCAAGAAGUACGCAGGAUGAAUGCUGAGGGACUAUGCACACAGUCCUUAGGGAAACAUAGUAUUAGAAAUCUUCACGAUCAGUAGUUGCCUGUUAGAGAAGCUUAAGGGUGAUCAAUAGAACCCCUGCUCAUAAAAUAUCACCCUUUCCCUACUUCUUCCUACUUCAGUAUUUUAUCAGAAACAUAUUGCUUAAGUUCUUAGAGGUUUUAUUUGGUGUUAAAUGAGUUCCUUUGCACAUUUACUGAAGAGAGGAAAUGCUUUAAGCUGUCAUAAGCUAACAUCUUCACACAAAGAGUGCAUCUGAUUCUUUCCCAGCCAUGACCUCUGGCUGAGAAGAAGGUCAUGUAUAAUGAUAUCAUGCCGAGGUUGGGGGGAGGACUAGGAAAAGUAGGGGUACCAAUAGAAGAAAAUGGGGCUCUUGAAAGGGAGAUAGAUCUCUCAAAGAUGGAAAGAUGAUGAAUAAAAUAUGUGCCCAGCAAUUCUGCAAAAUAGGAAAAUGACUAAGAUAAAGCUUGUGUCCUCAAGAUCAAGGGCAAGCUAGAAACAUGUGGACUGGAUUUCUUUUAGCCAUGUAAAAGAACAGAAAAAGGAAUGAGUCUUUUCAGACAGGAUCAGAGGGUUGGGAUGGCUUUAAGGACGGAAGGGUGAUUGAGUUGGAGGAUUGAAUCAAAGAGAAAGCUGGGUUGGACUUAAGAACUGUCUGAUUUGAUCACAGCUGUGACUGUAAGAUUUUCUUUUCCCAGUUUGAUUUUGUCUCCCCUGGUCAUCAACAUUUCAACUGAAAGCCUUCAGACUGGAUAUCAGGGCUGGCCGAACCUGACAAUGCAAGGACAUCUUGUGGCACCUGGGGAGCAGACAAUGGUUCUUUCUCCAAGGCUUUCCUUCUUACCGUGUGCCCCAUCUCUACUGGAUAUAAGCCACUGCUAGUGCUUUUCUCAGCACAUUUACCUAGACACUUUAAAAUAAUGCCUAGAAAUGGUGAAUUAGCCUUCUGGGCAAGUGGAGUGGGGGGAAAUCUGAGAUCUGUGUAAUUUGUAGCCUUGUGGAUGGGAUGUAUAUGGACCCUCUGCACCCCUCAUUGACAGAAGGAACCUGCCUUUCAGAAGUGCUGAGAUUUCCAGAGGCCUGGCCCUGCUUUGAACACCAGCAACAUCUGCAAGACAGAAGUCUCUGAACUUCCAGGCAAGGACCCCAGGAAACCUAGCAGAAUACUGAUCUGAGAACAUGAACACAUGGAUGUAUCUUGAGCCUGUGUUCCCAAUCAUCUAAGGAAAGAUUGCAACUGUCAUCCUUCAGCACAUCAAGUAGAACCUCUGUGAGUUCCAUGUCCUGCUGUACUGAGGGCACUCUUCAAAGGGUCAGAUGUCAGUGCUGAAGUAAACCCUGGGGAAAGAGUGCUCCAAAGAGCAAGGUUUUGUGUGAUUUAGUCAGUGUCACAUUUGUCUUCCAUCUCCUUGCCACUUUUUUUUUUUUUUGCUUUAUCAUGUGGCCAUUUUUUCUUUCCCUUCCUCUGUAUUUUC